AUGGCAGAAGCCCAGAGACCGAAGAUCGGCGUUGGCGUUGUAAUUCACGAUGGCGCUGGUAAUAUCGUCAUGGGUGAGCGAGCGGGCUCGCAUGGCGCUGGCACUAUGCAAUGCCCCGGAGGCCACCUGGAGUACGGCGAAUCAUUCGCGGAGUGCGCGAAGCGCGAAGCGCUAGAAGAAACCGGCUUGGAAGUUGGCAAUGUCAAAUUUCUCAUCGCGACAAAUGAUGUGUUCGGGGAGGGCAAACACUAUGUGACCAUAUUUGUGACGUGUAAUAUCGUUGGUGAGGAGAAGGUGCCAAAGGCGCUCGAGCCUGAAAAGUGCGCGAGGUGGGAGUGGAUUCCGUGGUCACAGAUGUGGUUCUGGGCGAAAGAACAGGCGGAGGCCGAAGCUGGUGGAGGCAAGGCUGGAAAGGAGAUGUUCUUACCGCUCGUAAAUUUGUAUCGCGAGUAUCCAGAUAUGGAACGUUGUCUGUCGUAG